AUGUUUUCAAGAAUUCGCCUGAGAGAAGAAGACGCUCGUCUACACCAAUUCCUGUUUCAGGAUCAAGACUCGGAAGUAAUCGACGUCUAUCAAAUGGACCGUCUUGCGUUUGAUAAUAAAUGCUCUCUGUUCGUCACCAUCUUUACGCUCCGCCGGACUGCCUUGGACUUCGGAGAGGAGAAGGAGGAAGUAACAAAAGCCGUCGUCGACGAUACGUACGUGGACGAUUGGCUAGAAAGCCGCAGAAGCGUGAAAGAAGCUGUACUGAUAGCAAAGGACAAGUCACGGGUAUUUGAAAAAGGCGACUUCAAACUCCGCGGUUGGGUAUCCAAUUCGAAUCAUCUUAUAGAAGAAAUAGCACCUGAAAGGCGGUGCAUGACCAAACCAGAAGUUCAACUGGGGAGCGAAGAGGAAGCAACCGUUCUCGGCAUUGUGUGGCGCAGAGCAGCAGAUUUAUUGUCGUUUUCCAUCCGCCAGUUACCAGAAAGAAGUAAAAAGAGACGCGGAUUGGCUGGCCGAUUAGCAUCCAUCUACAAUCCUCCCGGAUUUUCUAUCCGCUUACUAUUAAAGCCAAGAUUCCGUUAG